CACUCCCGUCCGCAUUCGUGCACUGGAAGCUGAAGACAUUACACCACCAUCAUGGUGUCUCUCUGGCCCUGGAAGGAUGAUACCUCCGCCGCCGGCUUCGAGAAGGCCCUCUCCGCCCUGUCCACCAAGAUAGCAAGGACAAGCGCGACAAAUGACGGCCUGCGACAGAGAUCGAGGAGGGUCAAGGUCAUGUGGACCUUGUACACUGGCUUCGCCUAUAUACUGGCCGCCCUCAUCUUGGUCUUGGUUACCGGCUGGCCACAAUGGGGCCCUGUUGAAUACACUGUCAUCGCUGGAGGUCCAGUUAUCAUCUAUGGCGUGAGGACGGGCCUUGCCUCUUACUACAGCUACCGCAUCCAGAACACCCAGACGUAUCUGGACAACCUCUACAAGCAGCGCGAUGCAACCAUUGACAAGCUUAAGGAAGCUACUAAAUACAACUCGACGCAGGAACUUCUCCAGAAGUAUGGCUCUCCCAGGCCCUCGCCGCAGAAGGCACCCUCCUCCGCCAGCAAGCGCAAGACUUCAGGGGCCGCAAAGCAGCAGGCCGAAGGGGCUCCACAAGGCCGGACCAAUUUCGCUCCACCCCCUACCGCAAACAUUGCGCGCAACCAAUUGGCUCCGGGAACUCCUCCGCCGCCACGCCCAAUGUCCGCCGGCGACGUGGCCACCGGGCCAUUCCCUCCUCCCCCACCACAGGACCAGCCUGGUUUCCCGCCUCAGCCACCUCAGCUAUCUCAACUCCAGCUCGAGCCCCAGCCCAGCGCCGAUUUCGCUCCCAAUGCUUUCGCCUCACAGUAUGCGGCCGGCGCGCAGCAGUCGAACUGGUACGACCGUAUUCUUGACGUCCUGCUGGGUGAGGACGAGACUCAGCCGAAGAACCGCCUCGCGCUCAUCUGUUCACACUGCCGCCUUGUCAACGGCCAGGCACCGCCGGGCGUGAAGUCGCUCGAGGAAGUCGGCCAAUGGAAGUGCAUGGGCUGCCAGGAACUGAACGGCCAGGAGAGCGAGGCGCAGAAGCUUGUGGAGCAGGUCAAGGAGUCGCAGAAGGCGUGGCUGUACCCGGUUAGCGGUUCGGCUGCUGACGGACGGCCUACGACUGCGACCACCGAUGGCGGAAUGACGGAGGUUAGCGAGAUCAGUAGGGAUGAGAGGGAGGCUGGUGAGCCUGUUGAAGAAGGAGCUGCGGAGGGCGAAGACUCGCCUCCGUCGCACUCGACCCGGAGCAGGACGAAGGGCAAGAACUGAAGAGGCAGAGUAAAAAACAUGCAUAUCUGCGGAGUUAUGUUAUUGGGCCUCAUAUUUUCUACUUCUAUCUUUCUUUUGUAGCACUUUUCUCCUUUUCCUUUCCCCUUUCCUUGCCUCUUGGUAUCACAGACUACUAGAGCGUGCUAAAACAACGCAAUAUUCAAAAAGAUAGAGAUGUUUUGCCU